AUGAAUAAUUGGUGUCAACCGAGAGCCGAUCUGUACAGACCGACAACAUUCUACGCACAUACCACAACACCAGUAGCAUCUGGUCAUACCUGGCCAUACGGAUAUGGUCAACAGUAUCCGUUUACACCAAAUUCUUAUCCCGGUGCUAUGGUCACCGAUAUGAGCGGAAUCACC